AUGAGUGGAACUGAGCAAUUCGAGAAGCUCCGGUCCGUUGGUGGACUAGAGAAAUAUUCGACUGCUCGGCACCACCUCAAGUUCUACUACAAUGCUGAAGUGGCCGCAAAUUACAUUUUACCUGAGAGCUUUGCUCUUCCCGUGAAGGACUACGUAUAUAGAGCUUGUGAAACACUCAUCGGUCAACAUCCAGCCCUCGCUGCUAUUCCUGUAGGGGAAGACACCAAGAAACCCUACUUUGUCCGACUCCCACAGAUAGAUCUUGACCAGGCGGUUUCUUUCCAAGACCGCACUCGUGGCUUUCCUGGUGAAGAUGAGGAAGACCAGGAGCUCGAAGCACUGCUGAAAGCCCAACACAAUACUGGAUUUACACCACCGUAUCCUCAUUGGAGACUCUGCAUCUUGACCGAUACUGCAAAUAAGCGGCAAUUUACAGCUGCCUACACUUUCCAUCAUGCUAUUAGCGAUGGGGGGUCUGGAAUGGCCUUCCAUAGGGCAUUCCUGCAGGCACUACAAAAUUCCGCGUCGUUAGCCUCUGGAGAGGUCAAACACAUCAUUUUGCCGCCUGAAAUGCCUCUCCUGUCAAGUAUAGAGGAGGUCCAUCCUCUUCCAUUGUCCUUGUGGUACAUUGCCACUGCGAUAUUCCGAGCCAAAAUUUGGUCUCCAAGGGAUCCCGGAUUAUGGACGGGCUCUAAGAUUGCUUCGCCGUUGGAAACGGACUUUCGACACUUUGUGUGCUCUCGGUCAAUGACUUCGUCUUUCAAGGAUUUAUGUCGCCAGAAUGAUACAACGAUUACAGCAACCCUGCAGACAAUUAUCGCCCGUUCUCUGUUCGCCCAUCUCCCCGAGAGGUACACACAGCUCCAAUGCGUCGGCGCUAUCUCCACCCGUAGAUGGCUUUCGGGUAUCAUUACAGUAGACUCCCUGGGCUGUUGGGUGCAAGACUACAAAGACACGCACAACCGUCACGAAUCGACCCAAGAUUCCUUCCCAUGGAGCGAGGCUAAGCGGGCUCGUGAAACAAUUGAAAAAGUGUUGAAUUUACAAGGCAGAGACGCAUCUCUAAGCCUUCUCAAAUAUGUAGAAGAUAUCCAAGAGGAACUUUUUUUGUCCAAGCUGGGAAAAGAACGAGAUUCCAGUUUCGAGUUGUCAAAUAUUGGAGCCAUGCGAUCCAAUCAUCCACACGACCCCUCGAUGCCGCAAAUGGGACGAAUGGUCUUCUCUCAAAGCGCAAAUAUCACCGGAAGUGCAAUUGAGAUAUCUGCUGUGACAGGAGCAGAUGGAUGUCUCGUACUAUGCUUCACGUGGCAGAAGGGAGUUGUGGAAGAAAGCCUGAUUUCGUUGGUGGUUCAGACGGCAAAGGCAGAGCUACAAGGUCUGUGCACAGAUAAGUAA